CAAUCAAUUUCGACCGACUUGCACAUUUUUUUAUCCAAUUUACAAUCAUGGCGUGUAACGAAAAUAUAAUAAAAAACAUGGCAAAUGAAAUAACAAGGAAUUGCCAAACUCACAAUGUUCAAGUUGAAAAUGAAUUUGUUAUUUAUAUGAUUGAGUUGUUGCUGCUGAAUCCGAAAUAUGGGAAGCUGUUUACGAAGACACUGAAUAGGGAUAAUUUGGAGUAUUUUGUCAAUGAAUUUGUCUCUAUGAUGACUGGCGACCAAACAACAAUAAACACGCUCAAAAUGCAAUUCAUCAUCCAGACCAACUACGACAAACUCCCCUACCUCAUCGAGAAGCACCUCGACUCCAUAGAGACCACCCUACGACCGCUUGUCGUGGAGAUCCUGGAGGGAGACCCCGAGCAGGGCGAUGAGGCGGAGUUCAAGAAGCUGUUUCGGAAGAUCUCGAUUUAUAUUAUAUUGGCUAGUGGACUGGGGAAUCCUGGGAUGAUUAUGACGUUAAAAGAAGGAAUGGCUGCACUGGAGAGCGUCUUCUCCCUAGAAGACUUACAACUCUUCGUGGCACUGCCUCGCUCGGAGAAGAAAGAGCAACUGACAGAGCUGCUAGCCAUCGUGUCUGGGGUGCGGCUCUUUAACAGAGACUGCAAGAAGGGCGGCGACCAGAUACCGGACCUGCCUUUCAACCUAGUGGACGCGGGCAAAGCCUGCCUCGCCGCUCUAUCGAACUCGCUCUUCGGCGUGAUGCAGCGAGUGAACACACUGACAGCAGCUAUAGAAGAUACCGUGGCGGUUGAGAGUGAGACAGGGAACGUGAUGAUAAUGUUACCGGACAACACGGAACUCUCUUUAGAGAAUUACCAACACAUAUUCAACCUCCUCGCCUUCAACCGUCAAUACGAAGUGAUAAUCCGAAGGUUGCUCAGCGACGUAGAACUCAUGGUGUCCAACGCCAAUUUAUACGUCGAGCGAGUGAGGGAGGCGCUGGAAAACUUGCAUGCUGCGGUCAAAUAUAAGGCGGCUGUGCCGGUUGCUGUGGUUUUCCCUCUAUUCUGUCGUCUCUGGCACACGUGGCGCGGCAUGCAGAACAUCAUGUACCUCGUCUCCACUGUGAACCGUCUCAUGUCCGCCCUGGCCAACCUUCAGGGCCAGAUGCCGAUGCCUUCGGACACUUUGGACGCCAUGUUAGCAGGCAAGGAAAUAAUAACAGACCAGCAGCGUCUGUCGCGGACCAUUAGCAUCGACGAGCGACUCAGCAUGGGGGCCUUGAGGUCCUACGUGCAAGAUUCCCCGUUAAACAGCGAGGAGCAUACUCAGUACCUCGGAUUCUGCGCGCUCUGUCUAUGCGCCGGCGCGCUCGUGCCCGGCAACCCGCGGUUCGGUCUCAUCAAACAUGUCGGCCGCCGGUUUGCAUUCUGCUCCGUCAAGAUGGCGACGCAGUUUAGCAAGGAACCACAACGCUACGUGAACGAGGUGUUGGACUACGCCCGGAACAACCCGCAUGUGAUAAAUCUGCUCAACAUUUGGGAGGCCGUUUACAAGGUGCGAGACGUGGAUAGUCUGGUCGUCAAGCAUGUCAAGAAGAUCAAAGUGCACGAGAAAGAAAUACAGACGGAGACGCACCCGAUACCAGAAUAUAUGGAGAAGAACUACCAUUGGGACCUGUGGGAGUGGAAGCGGCGCGCCUGUCAAUGGGCGUCAAUAGUGAACUGCCGCACAAAAUCCACUCAAACCAACUACAGCCACCUCCGCUCCGAGAUCCAAUGUCAGACCGUCGAGCCCCGUGACAAGUGCUACCAGACCAGGAAGGAUGCGGGGAUGACUACGGACUUCAGUAACAACUUUAUUUGGGGGCUGAGGGGGCAAAUUGGGUACGGGCAGCACUGGAUGGACUUUGUGCAGAAGAGUCAUCCGGAGAAGUUAAAAGCCCAAACCUUCACUGCGUGCACGUGGCCCUGCGAGCCCGCCACGCCUCCCUCAGAUUCCGACUUCCAAGAACAGUUCAAAGAGAAGAAAGCUCUUUUCAACACGAGCGUUACAACUAUCAAAAGCAUUCGGUUUUCAAAAUUCGAUUUUAGCUGGUAUAAGGAAUAGGGAAUACGCAAAACUCUGCGUAGGGGGCACCACUAGCACAAACAGUAAACCGCCUUGAUGCAUCAAUGCCAUGUUUAUUAGUAACAAAUAAUCGUGAAAACGUAUCAAAAACUGUUUACGGCAUAGUACUCUAUGGUUUACGGUUUGUGCUAGUGCUACGCUCUGGCAGUAGAAUAUUGCAGUAAUAUCACAGAAGAAAUCAUAGUACUACCGUACAGAAAGGACACUUCCUACAAAGCCGAAGUUUGACAGCGGUUCAGGGUCGAAUCAUACCCUUACUACCCUUUCGGCUAUUUAGGGUUGUCAAAAUUCAAGUGAUUAUCUUAUCUGUGGUCGCGCACGCAAGAGGAAGUCAAGUGGUGCCAACCCUAAUAACUGCUCGGAGCAAUGCUGAGCCGAACGGAGCCGUGUUCGACCGAAGUCAGGAGUGUCUCCCCACUGGUAAUAUAUACCUUCUCCCUAUAGGAGUGGAAUGUCAACUUUUAUAGGACAUUUUCGUACCAUCUAUGAUGCUUACCAGUA